UUUCCAAAACCCUAGUUUCCUCCUCCAUUCUCUCCGUUGCUUCUGUGUUGCGCUACCCAUCCAAGUCUUUCGUGAGCGAUACAAUGUCGACCGCCGAGCUUGCUUGCUCCUACGCCGCCAUGAUCCUUCAGGAUGAUGGCAUCGCCGUCACUGCUGAGAAGAUCGCGGCCUUGGUGAAAUCGGCUAAUGUGUCGGUGGAGUCAUACUGGCCUGGCCUCUUUGCCAAGCUUGCAGAAAAUAAAAACCUCGAGGACCUUUUCUUGAAUGCUUGCGCUAGUGGUGGUUCAGCUCCCGUAGCUGUGACUGCUUCUGCUGGUGGUGCAGGUGGUGCUGCCAGUGCCGCUGCUCCUGCAGUUGAGGAGAAGAAGGAAGAAGCAAAGGAAGAGAGCGAUGAUGACAUGGGAUUCAGCUUGUUUGAUUAGAGGUUUUCUUAUCCGUUGUGUUCUUUUUUUCUCUUUAGGCAAUUCAUGAACAAUUCUAUUCCAAAUUUUGGUUCGAAACUGAGAAAAAUUUCGAAAUGUUGUACGUUGAUGUUGCUUUCACUUACUUAUCAAAAGCUUUUAGCUUAGCCAUUAUCUGGAAGAUUCGAUCGUGUUUACAACAUACAACUCUAGCAGAAGUGCUGAGCUAGCUUUAUCAACUUGCAUUAAUUUAGAA